AUGACUCGCGUUUCAAGCGGAAGUUUAGCGCUUCCGGCAUCCUCCUUGGAUCCUUCACAACCAAAACGGCCCAUAACACCUCAGGACUCGGACACGGGCUCCACGGGGCCGAAAGGGUUUUCCUCGAAAAGAGAGAAACUGGAUGUCCUUCAACAGGAGUGCAACGCGCUUAUCUCUGAACUGGACUCGUCGCAAGAAGAUGCCGAACUCAUAGUGAAAAAGCACAUCAAACAGCUCAAGAGGUACAACGAGCUCAAGGAUGUGGCACUGAGUCUUGUCUCUCUUAUAGCGGACCAGAAACACCUACCGGUUCAGGAGAUAUUGGAUGAGAUGAAGGUGGAACCAGGUGAUGAUUGA